GAACAAACAAAUCGCCAUUCGGCGUUCAUACUAACCCUUUCGUCCAGUAAAAUUGGAGAAACGCAGCACUUUGAUUUUGAGGAUAUCGACAGUAGGUACACGUACACACCUCCCGCGAAGCCCGACAUCCACAGAACUACUACUAGUAGUAUGGCCACGGAAAAGAAAAAGGUUGCCAUCAUUGGCGCUGGACCCGUAGGCUGUGCCUUUGCACUGCAUCUCGUCAAGGCCGGACACGAAGUCACAAUCGUCGGCCGUGGUCAACGCCUUGCGACUCUCCAGGAAAACGGCGGCGUCCUGGCAAAGAAGUCGGAAAAAGCGAGGGAGACGGAAAUCUCGACGACUCCCGUGAAAGCCGUCGGAUCUCUCGAUACCGCACAACCCUGGGACCUAAUCCUCCUAACCAUCACGGAGCACCAAUUUGACGAUCAAUUGUUCGCUACGCUUAAAGCCUGUCCCCAAAGAGCCGAGAUUCUCUUCAUGUUCAACACUUUCGCAUCGCUGGAUAAGUACUUCGACGUCCUGGGCAAGGAACGCUGCAUCAUGGGCUUUCCGGCGAUCAUGGCAUCGUUCCACGAUGGAGCAUUGGUGCACCGGUUCCUCGGCUUCGGACAAAUCACCAUCAUCUCAUCACCCGAAUGGCGAUCCAUCUUCUCCGCCGCAGGAAUCCCGUGUGUCCACGAGCCUGAUAUGCAAAGCUGGCUACGCACACAUGCCGCCAUGGUCGUGGGCGUCAUGAGCGCGACCGUCGCCGCUUCCAAAAAGAAUUCGGGAUUGUCAUGGGCUGAAGCAGGGCUGAGCGCUGGGGCCGCCAGGGAAGGGUUGCAGUUGGUCAAGAAGCUGGGGAAUAGUAUCACGCCCAGAUUUCUCUACUACCUUGGUGUUGCUGCGCCGAGUUUCGUGCUCACCGGCUUGCUUUGGGUGUUGACGAGGGUACCUAGUAUGCGCAAGAACCCGCAGGUGCCCAACUGGGAACGAGAGUUUCUUGGUUUGGCGGAAAGCAUCAUUGGAGCAGCGCCUUCGGAGGACGACGUCCGACUAAUCAGCCAGUUAAGGUCCAAGUUUAUAUAA